AUGGCGACUUAUGGUGGCAGCAGCAACAACAACAACAAUAUCGGGGGCAGUAAUAACUCUACUGCCCCCGAUAAUAACAAUUAUUCAGGGCGUCACCCCGUUUAUCGAGGAAUAAGGCGAAGAAAAAGUAGUGGAAAAUGGGUGUCAGAAAUCCGCGAGCCGAGAUCCCCUAACAGGAUCUGGCUCGGCACGUUUCCCACACCCGAAAUGGCAGCGGUGGCAUAUGACGUGGCAGCAAUAGCACUUAAGGGCCCGGAUACCGAUCUUAAUUUUCCAAACUCGGCUGCCUCUCUACCUGUUCCUGCCACGAGCUCGGCUUGUGACAUACAGGCAGCUGCAGCCAGUGCGGCUGCAGCUGUAGGGGCAGCCGGGGACGCAUUGUUAGCCGCGGCUCGGAGUAGAGAAGUAGUAAAUGAGAAGGGUAAAAUGAAAAAUUUAGAGAUCAUUGGGAAUAAUAAUUAUGAUGAGUUUAUGGAUGAAGAUUUGAUAUUUGAUAUGCCUAAUGUUCUUGUAAAUAUGGCUGAAGGGAUGUUACUUAGUCCACCAAGGUUCAGUUUCCCUGAUGAUGAAACUACUAUUGCCUACCAGAACUUGUGGAAUGAUACCUAAUUUACUACAUCUACAAGCAACUUAAAAAAUAAGCUUUAAUGUAAUUAUGAAAAAGUAUAAAAUAAUAUUGACCUUAAAUAAGAUGAAUAUGUAAAUUAUAAUCUCAACUAUCUGUGUGAGUGGAAAUUAUGUGUGUGUUUCCAUGCAGGUUUUUUUAUUGCUUGUAAAGGGUUUUCAUGUUAUUUCAUCAAGGUUUGGUUGAA